AUUUCGAUAGUUGAUCGAUGUUUUUGUAUAUAACUAAUAUUAUUAUUGUAUUCCGAAUAGUUUGGUCAAGCUUUCGUCAACAAUGUUUCGUAGAAAGAUUUUUUCCAUUUUUCUUAACGCUGUGAUCAUUCAGAACAGUGUCUCCCAAAUACUACCCAUCAGCAGCGGCUGCAGCUGCCAGCAAAUGGCAGUGCAGCAAAACCUGCCAGUACCCGUCCAGGUGUCCAACAGCUGUGGCUACCGAAGCAAUCUACUGAAUCUACCGAAUGGCAUCCAAAUCAACCACAAUCUACUCGCCAAAAACCCAUGCGUUGCCAACAACUUACAAUUGCCAAACAUGCAAAACUUACUGGCAAUAAGCAACGCACUUCAAGUGCCUAAUGGCUUACAAUUAGCCAACCCAUUGUCUCAAGAAUUAUUGGCACAUUUAAACACUGUGCCAGUGUCAAAUUGCCAGAACAUGCUGCAAGUGAGCUUGCAAGCGCUAUUGAAUCAGCUUAGCCAGCAACCGAAUUGCCAAUGCGGUUGCCAGUCAUUGGCACCCAAUAUGGGUAACGGUCUUACUAAUGGCAUCAUGAACUUAUUAGGUGUAAAUGGCAUGCAAAAAGGUAUUAGCAACUUGCCAUGCCAGUCGGUUACAAAUCUGCAAGUAGUAUCCGGCCAUCAAGAGGUUAUUUUAGGGGGUAAUCCAUGCCAAUGCCAAAGUUGCCAAAAUAUUGUAACUAAUCCUUGCCAAUCUUGGGCGCCAAAGCCCAGGACGCAUGUGAUGCUACUGCAGCAGUUGAAGAUGCAAUCUGCGCCGUACUAG